CAGAUUCCAAGCGACUUGGGCUAAGACCAGCAGCCAUGGCCGUGGCCGUGGCAAACAAUGAGGAUUUGGCCACGAUGAUGCAAGAAUCAGUGUUGAAGGACUUGCCAGAGAUGGCACACAAAGAUCCGGUACCUGGAACUGCAGCACCUGAGGCAAUGGUGGAGGUAGAGAUCGGAAGCUCUCACAGCCGUGCCACGCCGCGGCAAGUGGCCACACUGUGCAACAAGGCCUAUGGCUACCGACGCCUCUCGGAGUCGGAGGCGCGUUCGCGGCUGGCCAUGGGCGACGAUGAAGGUGCCAACCGUGUGUUGCACUUGGCCUUCCGGAAUGGCAAACUUUUGGGCUGCUGCUCCUCAACACUCCAGCCACCCUGGACACCCAGGAGCUGCGGCCACUGGGGUCUUCUGUCAGUGCAUCCAGAGGCUCAAGGCACUGGCGUGGCAUCCGCACUGGUUGCUGCAGCCGAGCGGCGGCUCCUCGAAGCUGGCUGCCGCAGCAUUCAGAUUGAAUAUGAGUUCACAGCCGGCGAUCCUGACUCUGAGAGGCUGCUGGAGUGGUAUGAGGGGAAGUGUGGCUUCAAGAGUGGCUCUCCUCCACCGACCCGUGGCUCUGAGUUCCGCUGUUGUCGCAAGAAGCUCACGGAAAAGUCGGUGUACCAACACAGCUCAAGGAGUAGAGGCCGAAAGCCGGAGCAAGAAGGCUGGUGCAGAAAAGCCUUCUUGGCUUUAUGCAAGUGCCAAGGGCAAGGUCUCUCACUGAUGCUUCCAGUGCUAGGAACACCGAAGAAGACGAGGAUGAUGAGCUUGAAAGGAGAGCAGUGAAGAUGUGUAGAGUGUCAUAGCGAAGUAAGCACCCAUGCAAGCUCUGAGAACCGCGAUGUUGGGUGGUUAGCAACCUCCCUCUUUUCCUGCCAUUUGCGGAGAUGGGAGCGCCUGAAAUUCCAGAUCGGCUGAUCCUCAAAAUUGUACAUAAACAUGCUGAGCAGCUGUCAUUUGCAUAGCGAGUUGAUUGCACGACUGCAGACAUUCUUCGAAGAAACACUUCCGCCUUGGAGUGUCUUCUCAUUUGCUUUGUCCCGAUGCAGACACCGCUGUGCUCGGCGCAAUCUGAUUCCAAGUAAGAAGGCACCUGAGCACUUGUUGGCUACGCCAGAGUCUCGA